AGAUAGAUAGAUAGAUAGAUAGAUAGCCACAGAGAAGCGUAUGACGAGAGGUGCGCGCUCUCUGGAGGGAGGCUGUUAUUCUGCGCGCUUUCUUAAACUCGCGUGAAGAGCGCGCGUUCCAGUGAUGUUGUCUCACGCGGACCCGCUUCACCUGUAGACUGUCACGGGAGUUCAGGACCGCUUUAUUCUGUUUUUUCUGAGGUUAAACUCUGAUCCACAAUCUACUGGAGAAUUUCAGUGCUGGAAACACAAACAGCCAUAAUGAACAAUGAGCAGUAUCCUUCUCUACCACUCAAAGAAAAGCAAAUGAACAUUAUCAGCAUCAAAGCCAUAGAAGACAUCGGAUAUGAUCUUCAAGAUUCUAUUCUCCUGAAGUCUGUCGCUCCCGAGGAGAACACACAAUGCCAGCAGGGUCUGUAUUUCCAGGACGGCAAGAGACGGGUGGACUACAUCCUCACUUACCACAUCAAAAAGACAAGCAGCUCCCGACGCCACACAUCACGUCUCAGAGACAACGCCUUUACCCGCACCCUGCGGCGGGGUCGAGAGCCACCUCCACCUGCACCCAAAGAUGAUGCUGAAGUUGGCUCACCUCACCACAGCAUGGACCACCACGAUGAUGACAAAUGUUUACGGCGUGAGGAGUUCGAGAGUAACCUGAUGGAGAUGGGCCUGGAGCUGGAGCGAGAUGAGGAGACCAAGACUCCCGGUGUGGGCUUUGUGAAGAUUCAUGCUCCGUGGAGCAUUCUCUGUCGAGAGGCUGAAUUCAUGAAACUGAAGAUGCCUACCAAAAAAGUGUAUGAAGUGAAGCACAGCAGUGGUGUAAUGGAAAAGAUCAACGCGUUCAUCAGCAAACUAACAGAUCCUCUUCAUCCAAACUUAGAAGAGAACAGGACACAUAAAGUGAAGCACCUCUCGUACCCGUUCUCCAGGGAAAAGCAGCAUCUGUUUGAUUUGUCUGACAAAGAUUCCUUUUUUGACAGUAAAACAAGAAGUUCAUUAGUAUUUGAAGUUUUGAAGAGAACCAAGUGCACAAAAGCGAAAUUUAGCAUGGGAAUAACUAGUCUGCUUGGGAGUGGUGUUUAUUUGGCUGCCUAUCCAUUACAUGAUGGGGAUGUUGAUGGGGAAAAUGCUGAGCCAAAUGACAGAAAGCUCUUGUAUGAAGAGUGGGCCAGCUACAGUGUCUUUUAUAAGUACCAGCCUAUUGGUUUAAUCAGGAAGUACUUUGGAGAGAAGAUCGGUCUAUACUUUGCUUGGCUUGGUGUUUACACCCAGAUGCUGAUCCCUGCUUCCUUAGUAGGGGUCAUUGUGUUCCUCUAUGGAUGUGUUACUGUUGAUGAUGACAUUCCGAGUAUGGAGAUCUGUGACCAGCGGAAGAACAUCACCAUGUGUCCGCUGUGUGACCGCGUGUGCAGUUACUGGAACCUGAGCACAGCAUGUGGGAUGGCCCGGGCUAGUCAUCUGUUUGAUAACCCUGCAACCGUCUUCUUCUCUAUCUUCAUGUCGCUGUGGGCUGCGUUCUUCAUGGAGCACUGGAAACGGCGGCAGAUGCGUCUCAACUACGAGUGGGAUCUCACAGGGUUUGAGGACGAGGAGGAAGCACUGAAGGAUCACCCGCGAGCCGAAUAUGAAUUCAGAGUCAUGCAGAAAUCGCUGAAGAAAGACCAUAAAUCACAGAAGCCAGAGAAAGAAAAGCUGACAUGUAGGGACAGAUUUCCUGCAUAUAUGACAAACCUCAUCAUGAUGCUUUUAAUGAUCGGUGUGACAUUUGCUAUUGUAUUUGGUGUGAUUUUAUACCGGAUCUCAACCAAAGCCGCUCUGGCUAUGAGCUCAAACCCCAUGACCCGCUCCAAUGUCAGACUGACGGUUAAAACCACAGCGGCCAUCAUAAACCUGGUGGUUAUUCUCAUUCUGGAUGAAGUGUAUGGCGCCGUCGCACGUUGGCUCACUGUUCUCGAGGUUCCUAAAACAGACAAGAGCUUUGAAGAAAGGCUGAUCUUCAAAACUUUCAUCCUCAAGUUCGUGAAUGCGUUCACUCCCAUCAUAUACAUUGCAUUUUUUAGAGGCAGACUCGGGGGGCGUCCAGGAAGUUAUCUCUAUGUGUUUGAGUCUUAUCGGAUGGAGGAGUGCGCUCACGGCGGCUGUCUCAUGGAGCUCUGCAUUCAGCUCAGCAUCACAAUGCUCGGCAAACAGCUCAUCCAGAACAACCUGUUUGAGAUCGGCGUCCCUAAACUGAAGAAGCUGAUCAGAUACAUUAAAUCCAAGAGAGGCUCUUUCCAGGAAGAGGAAUAUGAGAAGAAGUUACAGCGUUAUGAGACGGAUCAUUUCCUGGAGCCCUUUGUUGGACUCACACCCGAAUACAUGGAGAUGAUAAUCCAGUUUGGCUUUGUGACUCUCUUUGUGGCAUCUUUCCCACUGGCGCCUCUGUUUGCCCUCCUGAACAACAUCAUUGAAAUCCGUCUUGAUGCCAAGAAGUUUGUGGCAGAACUCAGAAGACCAGAUGCAGCCAGAGGCAAAGACAUAGGAAUCUGGUAUAAUAUUCUAAGAGGAGUCGCAAAAGUGGCAGUUAUUGUCAAUGCAUUUGUGAUCUCCUUCACAUCAGACUUUAUUCCACGGCUGGUCUAUCAGUACAUGUACAGUCCAGAUGGGUCGAUGCACGGCUUUGUCAACCACACGCUGUCUUACUUUAAUGUCAGUCACUUCCAAAAUGGUACCGCCCCACUGGAGCCUUUCCACCUGGGCUUCCAUGUGGACAUCUGCAGGUAUAAAGACUACAGAGAGCCUCCGUGGUCUCCGACACCAUACGAGAUCUCAAAAGAGUUCUGGGCUGUGUUGGCAGCCAGACUAGCAUUUGUCAUUGUCUUUCAGAAUGUGGUGAUGUUGAUGAGUGAUGUUGUGGACUGGAUCAUCCCAGAUAUUCCCAAAGACAUCAGCUUGCAGAUCCAUAAAGAGAAGAUCCUCAUGAUGGAUCUGUUCAUGAAAGAGGAACAGGGAAAGACACGGUUGGAGGACAACUGCAAAGAGACGAGUACUCUGACCCGUUCACGCUCCAUGUCUCACACAGCCUGCAAAAAUUACUAACAUCAUCAGCCUCAGAGUUUCUAUCAUUACAUUCCACUGACGAACCCCAGACAUGCUGUUCGGUCUAAAAUAAAGCUUGUCGCCAGUGCACACUGCCUGAGUUCAUAUUGUACAGUUUUUCAUGCUUCUUAAAUGUUAUUUGUGUGCUCUACAUGUUUUUUUUUUGGGGGGGGGGGGGGGGG